AUGCCCACGAGGGAAUCACGGCGAAACGGAGGUGCAUCGGCGGUGAUGCGCCCAAGGGCUCACCCUUUGGCGGAGCCACAGCACGAAGGUUACUGGCGAGCGACCACGACGCCGAACGCUUUCCGAAUCGGCGGUGCGAGGACGGCGAGCCGGGAGCGUCUCGGCUCAAAGUACGUGGCACUUGGCAUGCGCUGCGGGUGUGAACCCUGUUCCCGCGCCCUCCCCCCUCCUUGUCUUUUGUCUCGCGAGAGAAUCGGCUGUUGGACAAAGUUACUUUUGUUCUCCCCCAACCGAAUUGCGCGGCCACUUUUGUUUGCCGUGCAGCAGCGGCACGGGGAUGCGGGCGUCGGCGGCCGGUUCUACGCAGUGCCUGCUCGUGUCGUCGUUGCCCCCUUUUCCGCUGCAUGUAUCGAGGAUAUGGAGCGGUCUCUACACUCGCAGGACGGAACAAACCGAUGA